AUGUUAUCUUUACGAAGGGGAUUGAUAACUAAAAGUUAUUUAAAUUAUAAAUUUGUUAAUCAUUUAGCUGUAAUUCCAAGGAAUUACAGCAAUGAUUCAAAAUAUUUCUUUAGCAAGCCUCCAGCCAAUGAUAAUAAUGAUAAGGGAAGCUAUGCUGAUUCAAAGCAUUUCUUCACUAAACCUAAUGGUAAGAUGAACUCAAAUGAACAGAUUGAUCAAAUGCAUAAUAAUGGCAGUAAUAAUCCAAAUAAUAAUAAGAAUGGCAGCACUGAUUCCUUAAUUGGACAAGCUAUUUUACAGCAGAGACGUGAACGUAGAAAACAAGUGUGGUAUGCUUUAGGUAUUAGUAUCUUCGCUGUAUUAAUUGGUUAUUCAAUUGGUUAUAAAGUAAUUUACUUGAAUGAAGAUAGCUUUAUACCUUUAUAUCCUUCAUCUGGUAUCCGUAAGCCAAGUCAAAAUGAUUUAAGGAAGAUAGAUGUUCCUCACAUUAAAUUGAUUUCUCAUUUAAGAGUGUUAGAAGUGCUUUCUCACCAUGAUAUGAUCAAAGAACAGUACGGGGUGCCUUUGCAUGAUUCAAAUGGUGUCAAUCCUCCACAAAUAAAAGAAUUCAAUAUCUGGUGUGAAGAUCAAGACCCUUGUGUAACUGGUCUGAUCAUUAGAAAAGAUGAUCCAAAUAGACCUACCACUCAUACUUGGCAUAGAAUUCCAUAUUUGCUUCAAUGGAGAGUCACUCAUAGACCUAUUUGUAUUUCCAGAAGUAUAUCAAAUUUCUUGGAAGAUAUAGGUUUAAGUUAUUCGACAAUAUACGAAAUUAUAUCCCCUGAAAAGAUUUACGGUUCAUUCAAAUACGAGUACCCAAUUCCUGGGGAUGACCAUUCGAUGCACAUUUGGUUUUUAGGUGAAUUACAACUUAAUAAUGAUACUUUGAUUAUAUACAAGGGAAAAUAUCAUGUUGAUGUCAAAUUACAACAGGUUGACUUAUUGAGAAAUGAAGAUGGGAAGCUAGUUCGUUAUGUUUUAUUUAAAGAAAACGAAUGA